GCUCUUGUCUCCAACUUUCCUCUCAUCCAAACAACAAGAAGAGCCUCAGCUUAACAAUGUCGUUCCACCUCAGUAACAAACUCCUCGGAAUCAUCAACUUCCUAACUUUCAUUUUCUCCAUCCCAAUCCUGGUAGCAGGGAUCUGGCUGAGCAAGAGCGGCGUGAGUGACUGCGGCCUAACCGCCGACACGAACCUGAUCAGGAUCGGAGCCUUAAUCAUGAUCGUCUCUCUGGCAGGCUUCAUCGGCUCCUGCUAUGGCGUGGGAUGGCUGCUCUGGGCCUACCUCGUCAUUAUACUACUCUUAAUCCUCAGCGGCUUGGGUUUCACCGUUUUUACAUUUGUUGUGAGUCAUAAAGGUUCUGGAGAAACAGUCGCAGGAAAAGGAUACAAAGAAUACAAGCUUGGAAAUUACUCCAACUGGAUUCAAACGAUAGUCAACGAAACCCAGAAUUGGAAUAAGAUCAAAACCUGUUUGGUUGAUACCAAGGUUUGCACCGGUUUCAAAAACAAGUAUCUCAACUAUACUGUCGAAAAGUUCCACAAAGAGCGCUUGAAUGCUAUUCAGUCUGGUUGCUGUAAACCGUCAAACGACUGUGGAUUUACGUAUAGGAGUCCGAUGAACCGGACAGAGGAGAAGGGAGUGUACAGUAAUCCUGAUUGCAAAGCCUGGGAUAACGAUCCGACAGUGUUGUGUUUUAACUGCAAAUCUUGCAAGGCAGGGGUGGCAGAUAAUAUGAACCGUACCUUGAAGAAGGAAGCCACUGUUAAUGUCGUGUUCCUCAUUCUCCUCAUCAUCGUGUAUUGUAUUGGUUGCUGUGCUUUCUGGAACAACAAGAGAGACGAUGUUUAUAAUAAUCAAGUGUGGAAGCCUUGA